GGGCAUAGGCAAGUCAGUAGCUCACGUAGGCAAGACUGUAGGGCACAAACUACCAAGAACGACGUACCAAGCACUAAGAGACAAAGAGGGAGAGGGAGAGAGCGCGCCAGAGAGAGAGAGAGAGAGAGAGAGAGAGAGAGAGAGAGAGAGAGAGAGAGAGAGAGAGAGAGAGAGACCGCUACGGUAGACAAGCCGUAGGUGAGGAGGGCGACGGGAUGAACAGCGGGAUAGCGGAUGUGUGGUCAGUGGAAUGGAUGUGGGAGUAGUAAAGAAAGCGGAGACGGCGGGAGGAGAUGGCGGGAGGGGACGGAGGCGGAGGUGAGUGGAGGCGAGCGGAGGCGAGCGGAAGUUCGCGGAGGUGUGCGCAGAGGUGGGCGGAGGCAAGCGGAGGUGAGCGAAGGUGGCAGGAGGUGGGUGGAGGUGGGCGGAGGGCAAUCGGAGAUUAGCAGAGGAGGUGAGUGGAGGUGGGUGGGAAAGAAAGCGGAGACGGCGGGAGGAGAUGGUGGGAGGAGACAACAGGCGGAGGUGGGCGAAGGUCGACGGAGGAACCAGUUGGCAGGUGAGGACAACAUCAAUAUGCAUCACUUUCCUUCGUUUAGCAAGAAGGCCCUACACCUUGAAGCGAAGAUAGGGCAUGGACAGGCACCCACUACGGACGGUAGGAGGAAGACACUGCCUCCUAACUGGAAGGCGAAGGGGCGCAUCAUGUUUGUCGAUAACGAUGGUUCAACCAUCGAAUUAGACAAACACUUUCAAGAAGGAGUAGGAUCAGAGGCUGGCAGCGCAGAAGCUUCAGAGGGUGGAGUAGUCGUUGCCGUAACACAAAAAGCUAAGGCGACCGGUAGACGGCGUGGAGGUUCCCAGUCUAGGAGUCAAGUUGACCCCAAUGCUCCUCCAUGGGAGAAAGCGGGUCUCGCAGAGGACGUGUGGAGAUAUCGGUACACACAGCAGGCUUGCAAUCAUUGUCGCCAAUAUGGCCAUAAUCAAUUUAAGUGUCGUAACAAGAAGGUGACCGACAAGAUCCCGCCUACGAUGGGGCAGGCGAUACGAUCCUCACAUCCCGUUGGUAGCAACGUGGCCAGCACUUCAGGCACUGCUCCGGGAAACACCUCCGCUAUGAAUUGGAUUUUCCAUGACUACUUGGAUAAGUUUGUCAUCGUGUACCUCGAGGACAUACUUAUUUUUAGUAAGACUGUCGAGGAGCACGUUGCACAUCUGGACAAAGUCCUCAAUCUCCUGCGACAGCACAAGUUCAAGAUUAACGGUGAGAAGUGCGAGUUUGGUCGCACCCGUGUCUUGUACUUGGGUCAUGAGAUUUCCGCGGAAGGGUUGAAGCCAGAUGACGCGAAGGUGGCCAGCAUUCGUGACUGGCCGCGUCCUCAGUCUGUGACUGAGAUGAGAUCAUUCUUAGGGAUGACCGGCAACUAUCGCAACUUCGUGGAGAACUAUACCAUAAUUGCCGCCCCUUUGACUGAUCUGACCCGCCUUGACACCCCAUGGGAGUGGACUGAGAGAUGUGAGGCUGCUUUCAGACAUCUGAAGCAUGCGUUGACGCAUUACGAAGUCUUGAAACUUCCUGAUCCUGACAAGCCCUUUAUAGUGACUACGGAUGCUAGCCAAUAUGGCAUAGGCGCCGUGCUUGCACAACAGGAGGGGAAACAGUUGAGGCCUGUCGAGUACAUGUCCAAAAAGAUGCCCUCUCAAAAGUUGGCAAAAUCCACCUAUGAGAAGAAACUCUAUGCGGUGUACAAGACUCUGACCCAUUGGAGACACUAUCUCCUUGGGAGAUUUCUUUGGUGCGCAGAUUUCUUUGGUGCGCUGAUCACUAAGUUUGGGCUUGCGAACAAUGUAACUCAAUCCAUGGUGGUAGCCUAUCGCGAGGACCCAUUCAUGUCUGAGAUCAUCCGCAGACUCGAGGCGAAGGACAAGGUAACUUCUUCUGAGUUUGAGUUGGUCAACGGCUUACUGUUCCUUGAGAAGCCUGGGAAUAAACGAUUGUGUGUUCCGAGCAGGGAAUCUUUGCGUAGUUUAUUUUUAGGAGAGUGUCAUGAUGCCACCAGACAUUUUGGCUUUAAGAAGACUGCAGCUAAUCUGUUGCGGCGGUUCAGGUGGCCCACAAUGAUGAGAGACGGUAAGUUGUACGUGGAGACUUGUCAGGUCGGUCAAAGAGACAAGCCGCGUACUCAGGCUCCUCUUGGGCUCCUGAAGCCCCUUCCGAUUUCGAAAAGGCCUGGUGAGAGCCUGUCCAUGGACUUCAUGGAUACGCUGGUCACCAACAAGAGUGGAAUGCGCUACGUCUACGUCAUUGUGGAUAGGUUUAGUAAGUUUGCUAGAUUAGUUCCAAUGCCUGAGACAGCGAUGACUGAGCAUGUAAUUAAGCUGUUCAAAGAGAACUGGGUUAGGGAUUUUGGAUUGCCAAAGUCUAUUGUAAGUGACCGUGAUGUGCAAUUCACAAGUGAAUUGUGGAAAGCCACAGCUGCAGAACAGGGAAUGAAGUUGCAGAUGACAUCAGGAAACCAUCCCGAGGCGAAUGGACAAGCAUAAUAGUUGAACUACCCUGUACAACACUUGUUGAGGCAUAUUAUACUAAGCCAAAUCAGGUAGACUGGGAUGAGAAACUUGCUCUCAUCGCCAGCCUGUACAAUAACUCGGUCCACAGUGCAACGGGCGUGAGCCCGAAUAGUCUACUACUAACUUUCAAGCCUAGACUGCCCUUGGACUUCCUACUACCUGACCACCAGACCUCUGCUGCACCAGGAGUUUGCUUAUCGAUAUAAGCAGCUGAUGCAGAAGGCUGUUGGGCAUGCACAAGGCGCAGGCGGCGAUGAUAGAGUCUGAGAACAAACACCACCACCCAUC